CUUAAUUCGUAAAACUAGACGAACAACAAGAAGAAGAGGUUCGUCGAAGCGGUUUUCCGAAUUUUAAAGGUUUUAUUGAGGAUUGAUAAAGAGGGCAGGAGAGAGGAAAUGCCAAGCAUUGGGCAAGAAGACAGUUCUAGGUUUUCCAUUGAUGGUUUUCAAGGUGGUUCACCCACUUUCACUCCCCCCUUGUGUAGCGAUAUUGGCCCUCUCCGGAGCUUCUCCUACCAAAAGCUUCCUCAACAGUUCAUCAAACUCACUAUUCUCAAAUUGGAUGGUUCCUCCUUUGAUAUUCAAGUUUCGAGGACGGCUUCAGUCGACGAACUCAAGCAGGCGAUAGAGGAUUUCUUUAAUUUCUCUCCGAAGGAAGAUCAAGACAAAAUUUCCUGGUCACACGUAUGGGGUCAUUUCUGCUUAUGCUUUGAAAAUCAGAAACUAGUUAACGACAAGGCUUAUAUCAAAAGUUUUGGGAUCAAGGAUGGUGAUCAGCUUUGUUUUAUUCGGCAUCUUUCAAUCGACUACAACCCAAUGAAGAAUUCUAAAAGUAGUACCGAUUACGAACGAGAAACAAGUUUCUCAUCAAGAUCGGAUUCUCUUGAAGAGAAGGAACUGCACCGAGAAGAUAAUGAGGAUUAUGAUGGUUGUUGUGGUGAUCAGGAAGAAAAGGAUAAGUACUCACGUAAUGAAGAUGGUGAGACCCGAGAUUUUAUUUGCCAAAUGGAAUUCAAAUUAGCUCACUUCCUUAGAGGUUGGCUCUCAUACUCAAGGUUGUGGAGUAGGGGAAAGCUGAGAUCACGUAGCAAAUCUCACCCGUCAAGGUUUGCAGGGGAUUACACAAAAGUAGGGACAGAGUCUACUCUGCUUUGAAGGAAAUAAUUAUAACCCUGUAAAUAGGAGACCUCAGAAGGGAAAAGUUCUGCAUCAUCUCUAUGUUGGUCAUCCAUAAAAGAUGCACAAACAUGAACCUUUCAUGCCCAGGUCUGUUGUUCGAGCUGCAAUGUGAUCCCGACAUCACUUUGAAAAAGUUCAAUUGCUGAUGCAGAGAUUCUGAUAACAAAUCAAUGAUAAAGUUUAUUUUUAUGUGCCAAAACUUGCUGCCAUUGAAAUGCAGAAGAGAAUUACAGUGGUUCUGAUGGGCACACACUCCUUUUGCCUUGAACGAAGAAUCAGUAAUUUUUCUAUGAGUUUAAAUGUUUCAAUUUUUAAACCAUCCGACUGUAUUGGAUCACCAAUGCUAUUUGUUAAUCACUUGUAGAACAGUUCAACAGCAAAGUUAAUUUC